AUGGCCGAUCCUCACUUCUGCGACCUCAUCUUCCCCCAAAAUGAACAGCCCUCCAUGUCCCAGCUCAUGGCAUCCCUCAAACGUACGACACUCACCAUCCACAACCGACUAACCAGCAUCCGCAACGAUGCAGAAUUUGUGGAUCGAGUGUCUACCUCAUACAGUCCAAGACCACUUGUCGCUAACGAGCGCUGUGGGAGCUGGUAUGUCCCUCCGGAGCGUAAGGGCGGGAGUGCGUAUUUCAAGAGUACGGAUGGCCAUGAGCGCGCGUGGAAGUUUAGCACGAGGAGGCUGAACUUUCAUCUGGUUGAAAUCAUUGAGAAGAAUGAUGGUAUCAUAAUCGUCGACUCUACCCGUCGUGGAAAGAGAAUGCCUGACGCUCUAUCCUCCACAAUUCCCAUCUGGUGCACAGUUCUCAACCUCACUCUUCUCCCCUCACACCCCUCUUCCGCCAACCUCUAUCUCCCUGCCCAUCUCCCAGCAACAACUCACUCUCAAAUAUCAGCUCUUAUUCCUGAAUUCGUUUCUUCCUUAAAAUCUCUCAAUCUCAACCUUCCAAUAUGCCUGACUAAACCACUACGCCCAUUCUGGGUAACUCCCGACUCAUCCCUCCCUUCACCAGAAGACACAGCAUCUAUAUUCGACGACUACCGCCCUGUUAUCUGCUGCACGGCUAGCCGCCGUGUUGUCGGCAGCGAGAUGGAUGAGGGCGGGUAUAUCCAGGGCGCUGCUGAUGAUACUGAGAUGUGGGCGUAUGAUCUUACGGCGCCAUUGUUCUGGGAGAACCUUGAGGAGCUUCUUGUGACGCCAGAGGCUGAACUGCCAGACCUCAUCUCGAAACUGGUCAGCGAAGAUGCGACUAGUAAGAAAGACGAAGGUCCUCGGAUACAACUCACACCGCACAUAUCCGUAUGCGCUCUCCCACUUCCAGCAGACUCUUCAGAAUGUCGGAUCGCCAUAACCCAAGACACAACACCAAAGGAUUCAUGGAUCCAAUCAAAGACUUACAUACAAACCGGGCUUGGGAAAAACAAACUCGCUAGUCGAAACCUCCGUACUUCACUUCCCGAUAUAUGUGACUUCGCAGCCAAGUACCUCGCCUCAGUUACAGAACCCGAUCAACAACGAAUCGUUGUAGCAUGCGAGUCUGGAAAAGACCUAUCGGUUGGCGUUGCUCUUGCUAUAUCAUGCUACCUGUUCGAUGACGAGGGCAAAGUUAGAAACUCAGCAGAACACGUCUCAUUUACAAAGACAUUCAUAAAGUCGAGAUUGGGCUUCAUCAUGACAGCUUAUCCUGGGGCCAACCCUAGCCGGUCUACUUUGCAGAGUGUUAAUAGCUUCCUCAUGGACUGGAGGAAAUAA